AUGUGGAUGGAUACCAAGGUGGAGGUGGAGGAGGGCGGCAGGAGGAGCUCCAGCCGGUGGUGGCGUGUGACAGGCGGCCUGCUGCUGUGCACCGGGGACAUGGAGCACUUGGAUAAGUUCAUGCAGGAGAUGCCGUUUGUGCUGCAGCUGGCGGAGUGGGGCCUGAGAGGGGUGUCCAGGGUGAUCUUCGCCAACAACCCGCUGAGCGGGGCUCUCAUCCUGGCCACUCUGUGCUGGGCUUCCCCCUGGCAGGGCCUGCUGGGAACUCUGGGUGUACUGGCCUCCACGCUAACAGCUGUCAUCACGGGGCAAGACAGUGCUGAGGUGUCAGGAGGCCUCCAUGGCUUUAACGGCAUGUUGGUGUCUCUGCUGAUGGGCGUGUUCAGCUCUGCAGGAGACUGGUACUGGUGGCUGCUGCUGCCGGUCUGCUUGGGGUCCGUUCUAUGUAUCUUUCUGUACACUGGUCUCUCCCCGCUGUUGGACCGCUGGGACUUGCCUGUCGCCGUAUUCCCCUUCAACAUCCUCAUCCUCCUCUACCUCCUGUGUACGGGCCCAGACAAUCCUUACUUCCCGCACUACCUGACGACGCCUCCGGGGCUGCCGGAGCACAACGGCACCGAGCUCAUGGCGGUAGAGGUUACGCGAGGCAUCCUUCUCGGUGUGGGUCAGAUCUUCGCCUGCGAGGCCCUGGGCCCCUCGCUGCUCAUCCUCGGUGCUGUCCUGCUCUACUCUCCCCUGCUGGUCGCCCACGCUCUGCUGGGAUCCGCAGUGGGAACAUUGGCCGGUCUCUCCGUGGCGGUGCGUCAUGACUCCCUGUACUCAGGCCUCUCGGGGUUCAAUGGCGCUCUGGGCUGCAUGGCUAUUGGAGAACUCUUCUUCACCUACAGCUGGAGGACACACCUCUUCGCCAUCGCCAGCGCCUUCAUCUCUGCAUACUCCGACAUCGCUCUGAGCAAUCUGCUGGGAACUGUCGGUCUCCCAGCAUGCAGUUGGGCAUCCACUCUGACAGUCACCCUGAUGACUGGCAGUUUGGCAGCAUACCGCAUCCCCAUUGGUCAAGUCAUGGCCCCGGAACACAACCUCCGCUCCCGCAGCGAAUGGGAAGCUGCAGACCGCGAGAGCACCGACGUGUGACGUACUGCAUCAGAACUUUAAACUUCUCCUCACGUGCAGCACCAAAUAGAAAAUGUAUUUAUUGAUAGCUUUUAUGAAUUGAUUCUUUAUAAAUAAACUUCCUCUCUA